AAAAAAUUCUCACAGAGAAGUAGUGAUAUCGGGAAUGAUCCCAGUUUUCCAUGAAAAUGGAUAGUGAAAUAAAACCAAUGCACAAAAGUAAACACUUCCCUAUAGACCAGUUAGUGUGUGUCGGCAAUUAUGAAUUGGAAAAGACUAUUGGGACUGGCAAUUUUGCGGUCGUAAAACUAGCUACACAUGUUAUAACGAAAACUAAGGUUGCAAUAAAAAUCAUAGACAAAUCAAGACUAGACGAAGACAAUUUGAAAAAGACUUUUAGGGAAAUUGCAAUAAUGAAAAGGUUGCGGCAUCCGCACAUAGUUAGGUUAUAUCAGGUUAUGGAGAGUACAUAUACAAUAUAUUUAGUUACAGAAUACGCUCCGAAUGGAGAAAUUUUUGAUCAUUUAGUGUCACGGGGCCGAAUGCCUGAAUCAGAAGCGGCGCGUGCAUUCACACAGAUGGUGGCAGCCGUAGGAUAUUGCCACGCCAAUGGGGUCGUACACAGGGAUCUGAAAGCGGAGAACUUGCUGCUAGACAGGGAUAUGAAUAUUAAGCUCGCAGACUUCGGCUUCAGUAACGAAUACACCGCAGGGUCACCGUUGGCCACGUGGUGCGGCAGCCCGCCCUACGCCGCGCCGGAGUUGUUCGAGGGGCGCCGCUACGACGGACCCAAGGCGGAUAUAUGGUCAUUGGGCGUAGUUCUGUACGUGCUAGUGUGCGGGGCUCUCCCCUUUGACGGGGGAACGUUGCAUGAGUUGAGAACUGUGGUACUUGCUGGCAAGUUCCGGAUACCGUACUUCAUGUCACAAGAAUGCGAGCACCUUAUCCGUCACAUGUUAGUGGUUGAACCCGACAAACGUCUCACAUUGAAGGGGGUCGCCAGGCAUCGCUGGCUCGCCGCCACCGGGCCCGGCCCGCCGCACGAUGCGUCAGAAGGCGCUUGCUCCUGCCACCCCGCGGUCCCCGCGCGGGGGGACGAUCAUUGUCACGACACAGUACUGGCGCAUAUGCUAACUCUACCUGGCCUCACCCGACAUACUAUAUUACAGUCUGUGCAAGAGGAACGAUUCGACCACAUAUCAGCUAUCUACCACUUGUUAAUGGACAAAAUUCAGCAAAGACAUCACACCAGGAAUACGUUACAGCACAGGGAUUCAUUAGAUUCAACGACAGGACAGCCUUUAGAUCUCACUAGUUGUAAGAGUUCUGAUGAAGAACAGAUGGAGGCAGAGGAUUCCACAUCACAAGAGUGCCUCGUUUCCAUCCCCUGCAUCAAUGUAGACUACCUCACACAUAGAACGGAUAGUUUAGAAAAGUUCGGCGACGGCUCAAUAACAGUGGUAGAAGAGAGAUCACAUCUCCCUACAACCACUAACGAACCCCACGCCACGAGACGGCAUACGGUCGGCCCCGGCGACUGCAGGCAUACGCAGGGCGGGGAGCUGGGUGUUUGUGGCGCGGCUUCGGCUGAUCUGAGAGCUGCUCCGUUAUACGGAUCUGCACACUUCAAUCAACAAGCCGGUGCGAACGUAUCUCUCCUACCGAACACUAACUUGGCAGCGAAGCUACCAGCCGUACAGCAUCAACCGCCGAGAUAUUUCAGCGUCAAAGAUCAACAUUUACUGAAACCGCCGCACGCGAUGCAAAACCACGCGUCGUCGUUCGGUCGUCGCGCGUCUGACGGCGGCGCUCACGUCCCGCGCGGGAGGGAGAGAGCCUGCUGUCAUUCUGCGCCUGCGCAUCAUGCAUCAGACAGCGGCACCCCCCAACGCGGCGAGGAUUCCUCACAGACGGACGAACAUAAUGCCGAAUACAACACGAACUUGUGCAGGUACAUGUUGACGCGCGGCAGCGGCAAGCGGCAUACUAUAUCCACGCAGGAAGAAGCUAACGAUGCCACGGCUGUGUGCACUACUUUGCCAAGCACAUCUCCGUCGUCCACAACUAGCAUACGGAUGAGAAGAACGGGCUUACUGACUGUCACUGAACGACCGCCCGUUAUAAGCCCAGAGCUCGUUAUGGAAGUAGAGGCGAGAAUGAAGAGGAAUUACUUGCCACCAUCAAUCGGGUAUCAAUACCAAAACCAGGGAUACCAAAGCCCCCCAACACCCACCGGUAGUUUACAAAGCAUGCCCCAGAGUCCUACCCAAGGAUCAAUUACUGCUGGAACACCGAACUAUACAAACCAGAGUACACAGAAAUCGAUAAAACCAGUACUAGAGACCAUACCGCAAGGCACCAUGAUGGGUACCAAAGGGUCCAUAAUGAGCGGAACCCCCAUAACUAGUCAAGCCAUAUCCCCGUUCACCCCACCGCUAAUGCAAUAUUCCCCGAACCACGGAUCCGUAGGCACACAAAACGCGGGUUCCAUAACCAGCGGCACCCCUAUACAACAAAACCAGGGAUCCAUAGUCACAGGAACGCCAAAUACCAGUUUCGAUACCAAAACUUACGGCUGUUACAAUCCGAAUUACGCGAACAUCACACCGAACUUUACGUCCCAGAGUUAUAAUAAUAAUGGUUUCGGUGGGAGUAAUUUCGGUGGCAUACAGUAUUCGAAUCACCAAAAUAGCCAAGCUAUCAAUCAAGCAAUGCCUAGUGGGUCUAUAACGGCCGGUACUCCGUACCAAAACCCGGUAUCUGGACCUGCGCAAUACAACAGUAGGCAGAGAAAACAUUCGGGCCCGCAACGCGUCAAGCUGCAAACUUUGGCCACUGUCCAAGAAAUGGCUCGCGAGCACGCCGAGCGAUAUUCGCCGGUUCGGAGAGCGGAAUGCUCGCCGCCUCGCGUCGCACACGAUCUGGCUUCGGCGAAACUUGAAUAUCAACAAUUACAGCGUGGUCUGGAGAGACGAGGCGUGGCGGGCGCUUCUCCACCGCUAGCGGACGCGGCCCGCUUACACACGCCCGCGCCUAGCUUACCUGGAUCGCCCGUAGCCUGUGUAAGCGGGACGGCGCUUGAUUUAACGCAAGUGUCCAGUGAAGCCGCGCGAGCCGUCAUAUCCGCCGCCGCUCAUAUCAGAGACCCCGCCGCUGUCGAUCUGCCGGCCACAAUGUUGCUGACGCAGGAUCUAGCAUUGAAGCUGGGAAUCAACCUUCACACCCUUUGCUUACCUCACGUUAACGCUUCCCAAGAGAUUCUCAAAGCGAUACACGCGUUCAGUAAUUUCAGUCUCCUUUCCGGUCAUACUUCCCCUGUCACGCCAGGAUCGCCCUUACACCAAAUAACAGAAGGCCUAAGUUACCUUCACACCGGCUCAAUAACAAGGGGAACCCCCCAACCUAGCGCCACACCUUUAGACCUAAGAAGUAACGUAGAAAUGGACACACAACCAUACCCACAACUACACCCAAUGGUACAUCCCCAAUUACACCUGGUUACCCACAGGUCUUUGAAUAACUCCCCGAUUUCGAAUCCUGGGUCACCUUUAGGUAUGAUUCAGGAAGAAACAGGAAACGGGCAAAAUGGCGACCCUAAAUUUUUCACACAAGAAAUGACGAGAAGUUUACAGCAGCAAUUCCAGAAUUAUAUAUCCACGCAUCCUCAGAUCAGUCUGACUGAUUGUUUAGGCUCAGAAAUAACUCUUGUAGCUUCUUCUUCGGAAGACAGUAUGGACAGUUUAGAAAACACAAAAUAUUCCUUGCCACAAUUCGUGAUUUCCGAACCAGCUGAUUUAGAUGACAGGCCGUCUAUAACUAAAGGCAUAGGAAGGAAAAUAAGCCAAGAAACUGAAUCGGCGCCUGUGGAACCACCCAAAGAUUUAGACUUGCAUUUAGACAAAGACGCUGAAAUGCAGUCGCCUAAAGAAAGCGUCGAUGAGACCAACAAGUUCUUAAGCGAAGACUUGAAGUACUUGAGGCGGGGUAGCGAUAAAUCUUUAGGUUUUAGCGACGAUUCACUAAGCAACGAUUCGGCAAAUGCGUCGCCGAACUGCGAGCAAAACGUGCAUUCCAUAUACUCGAACAUUGUGUCCAUAAGCUCUGGCUUCAGCGAAAAUCGGGGUAGCUUUUCUGAACAUAGGGAGUCUUUCUCGUUCUCUGAUAGGGGUAGUUUCUCGGAAAGGGGGGAUUUUGGGAGAUCUUCGAUUUCCGAAAGAAGCGAUUAUGGUAGAGGGAGCUUUUCCGAAAAGGGGGAGACGCCUAGGUCUUCGUUCUCCGCCCAAGGGACUUUAGGAGAGGUGAAAGAGUUUUACGAGGAUUCUUAUAUGCCCAGAGAUAACAGUAGACAUUGCUUAGAGAAAUGCGACGAAGAAGGCCCGCCAGGGAGCGAAGAAAUAGAGAAAUUGCAGAGGUCUACGAUGGACUUGCGAUUGACCGAAGUCUGCAGACCUGAAGUACAAAAAAUACCCAUUUUGCUGAGCCCGCAGAAGGUCUGCGUAAUGCAAGAGUAUUACGAAGUGACUUUAUCAACUGUUUGCUCACAAUUGGACUCGCAAAGCAUAGUGGAGCUACUGAAAGAUGCCAUAAACAGUAGAGUACCGCCGCAAAAUAUCUUCGUGGAAACCAACGACCAGAAGGAUAGUGAAGAGGAAGCGUUGACUGGUUUCCUAAAUCUAGAAUAUUCUGGUGGCAUCCAGAUUGAACUGGUUGUCUGUGAAAACAAGGCGAAAGAGAAAAAAGGUCUGAAGAUGAGGAGGAUAUCCGGAGACCAGCGGGAAUAUGGCAAACUGUGCCAGCAGCUGAUCACCAGCUUGACAGUUUAACGACAGGUGUCAAUUUGACAGUUCUGAGGCUGUUGGUAUUGGCCACUUUGUUUUGAGAGAUUUAUGAGGUGUCCCUUAUAGUAGGAGAGCCCAAGCUCGGAUUUUUGGAUUUACUCGAGCGCGAUAGAAUAACAUAUGGGGAGCAACCUUGUACGUAGUUAAGUACUCCCACUAUACCUGAACCCUCUAUGUAGGGCCGAACGUCUAGGGCAGCAAAAACAAAGUUUCAACAAACGGACAAGACUUUUGGUCGGGUCCAAAUCGUCAGUCUUUUGAAUAGGAGCUUCUCGAGGGUUCACGUAACAUCCCUUUUCAAUGUCUGACGUACGGCCACCCCCAUAUCAUGCAAACCGCGGCAGAUCAAUAUUUUUUCCGUUCUUAGAAACGUUACAUGAACCCUCUAGUAGCUUAUAUUCAAAAUACUGAUGAUUUGGCCGCGACCAAAAGUCAUGGCCGUUUGUCCAAAUUUUGUUUUUGCUGCCUGUUGUAGACGUUUGGCCCUACAAAGAUGGCUCAGGUAUGGUGGGAGUACUUAACUAC